AUGGGAAGGCUGGUAGAGGAAGAGAAGAAUAGAGUAAGUUGCAUUAAAAGUCCUCUGGGCUUGUACGGCACGGCCCCCGCCUUCCCUCCAGCUUCAUGCAUCUUGGCGACGGUGGGGACAGAGUUUGACCUGCGGACGCUGAGGGCAGUUCGAGUGCUGCGCCCGCUCAAGCUGGUGUCCGGAAUCCCAAGUUUACAAGUCGUCCUGAAGUCGAUCAUGAAGGCAAUGAUCCCCCUGCUGCAGAUCGGCCUCCUCCUGUUUUUUGCAAUCCUUAUUUUUGCAAUCAUAGGGUUAGAAUUUUAUAUGGGAAAAUUUCAUACCACCUGCUUUGAAGAGGGGACAGAUGACAUUCAGGGUGAGUCCCCGGCCCCGUGUGGGACAGAGGAGCCCGCCCGCACCUGCCCCAAUGGGACCAAAUGUCAGCCCUACUGGGAAGGGCCCAACAACGGGAUCACUCAGUUCGACAACAUCCUGUUUGCAGUGCUGACUGUUUUCCAGUGCAUCACCAUGGAAGGGUGGACUGACCUCCUCUACAACAGCAACGAUGCCUCAGGGAACACUUGGAACUGGUUGUACUUCAUCCCCCUCAUCAUCAUCGGCUCCUUUUUUAUGCUGAACCUCGUGCUGGGUGUGCUGUCAGGGGAGUUUGCCAAAGAAAGGGAGCGCGUGGAGAACCGACGAGCCUUUCUGAAGCUGAGGCGGCAGCAGCAGAUCGAACGGGAGCUCAACGGGUACAUGGAGUGGAUCUCAAAAGCAGAAGAGGUGAUCCUCGCCGAGGACGAAACCGACGCGGAGCAGAGGCAUCCCUUUGAUGGAGCUCUGCGGAGAGCCACCAUCAAGAAAAGCAAGACAGACCUGCUCAACCCUGAGGAGGCCGAGGACCAGCUGGCCGACAUCGCCUCUGUGGGGUCUCCCUUCGCCAGAGCCAGCAUUAAAAGUGCCAAGCUGGAGAACUCGACUUUUUUUCACAAAAAGGAGAGGAGGAUGCGUUUCUACAUCCGCCGUAUGGUCAAAACUCAGGCCUUCUACUGGACUGUGCUCAGUCUGGUAGCCCUCAACACGCUGUGUGUCGCUAUCGUCCACUACAACCAGCCCGAGUGGCUCUCCGACUUCCUCUACUAUGCAGAAUUCAUUUUCCUAGGACUCUUUAUGUCCGAAAUGUUUAUAAAAAUGUACGGGCUUGGGACGCGGCCUUACUUCCAUUCCUCCUUCAACUGCUUUGAUUGUGGGGUCAUCAUCGGGAGCAUCUUCGAGGUCAUCUGGGCCGUCAUCAAGCCCGGCACGUCCUUUGGAAUCAGCGUGUUGCGAGCCCUCAGGUUAUUGCGCAUUUUCAAAGUCACAAAGUACUGGGCGUCUCUCAGGAACCUGGUCGUCUCUCUUCUCAACUCCAUGAAGUCCAUCAUCAGCCUGCUCUUCCUCCUCUUCCUGUUCAUCGUCGUCUUCGCCCUCCUGGGAAUGCAGCUCUUCGGCGGCCAGUUUAACUUCGAUGAAGGGACUCCUCCUACCAACUUUGACACUUUUCCAGCAGCAAUAAUGACGGUGUUUCAGAUCCUGACGGGCGAGGACUGGAACGAGGUCAUGUAUGACGGGAUCAAGUCCCAGGGCGGCGUGCAGGGCGGCAUGGUGUUCUCCAUCUACUUCAUCGUGCUCACGCUCUUCGGGAACUACACCCUGCUGAACGUGUUCUUGGCCAUCGCGGUGGACAAUUUGGCCAACGCCCAGGAGCUGACCAAGGAUGAACAGGAAGAAGAGGAGGCAGCCAACCAGAAACUCGCCCUCCAGAAAGCCAAGGAGGUGGCAGAAGUGAGUCCUCUGUCCGCAGCCAACAUGUCCAUAGCUGUGAAGGAGCAGCAGAGGAACCAGAAGCCGGCCAAGUCGGUGUGGGAGCAGCGGACGAGCGAGAUGCGCAAGCAGAACCUGCUGGCGAGCCGGGAGGCGCUGUACAGCGAGAUGGACCCGGACGAGCGCUGGAAGGCCGCCUACGCCCGGCACCUGCGGCCCGACGUGAAGACCCACCUGGACCGGCCGCUGGUGGUGGAUCCGCAGGAGAACCGGAACAACAACACCAACAAGAGCCGCGCGGCCGAGCCCGCGGGGGCGCGCCUGGGCCCGCAGCGCGCCGAGGACCCGCUCAGGAAGCAGCGCAGGCGGCGGCACCGGCACGGCCCCGCGGCCGCCUGCGACCUGGACGCGCGCAGGGAGGACAAGGAGCGCCGGCACCGGCGCAGGAAAGAGAACCAGGGCUCCGGGGUGCCCGUGUCAGGCCCCAACCUGUCGACCACCCGGCCGAUCCAGCAGGACCUGGGCCGCCAGGACCCGCCGCUGGCCGAGGACAUGGACAAUGUGAAGAACAGCCAGCUGGCCACCGCGGAGUCGGCCGGUCCGCACGCCGGCCUGCCCCAGAGCCCGGCCAAGAUGGGGAACAGCACCGAGCCCGGCCCCCUGCCGGCCCCGCCCGCCGCCAACCCCCUGGACACCGCCAGCCACCGGGCGCCCCACAACCCGGGGAACCCCUCCAACCCCGGCCCCCCCAAGACCCCCGAGAACAGCCUUAUCGUCACCAACCCUAGCAGCGCCCAGACCAACUCAGCGAAGACUGCCAGGAAGGCCGAGCACACCGUGGUGGACAUGCCCUCUGCCUGCCCGCCGCCCCUCAACCACACCGUCGUCCAAGUGAACAAAAACGCCAACCCAGACCCACUGCCAAGAAAGGAAGAGAAGGAGGAGGAAGACGACCCCGGGGAAGACGGCCCCAAGCCCAUGCCCCCCUACAGCUCCAUGUUCAUCCUCUCGACCACCAACCCCCUUCGCCGCCUGUGCCAUUACAUCCUGAACCUGCGCUACUUCGAGAUGUGCAUCCUCAUGGUCAUCGCCAUGAGCAGCAUCGCCCUGGCGGCCGAGGACCCCGUCCAGCCCAACGCACCUCGCAACAAUGUGCUGCGAUAUUUUGACUACGUUUUUACGGGCGUCUUUACCUUUGAGAUGGUGAUCAAGAUGAUCGACCUGGGGCUCGUCCUGCACCAGGGCGCCUACUUCCGCGACCUCUGGAACAUUCUGGACUUCAUAGUGGUCAGUGGGGCCCUGGUGGCCUUUGCCUUCACUGGCAAUAGCAAAGGAAAAGACAUCAACACGAUCAAAUCCCUCCGAGUCCUCCGGGUGCUACGACCUCUUAAAACCAUCAAGCGGUUGCCAAAGCUCAAGGCCGUGUUUGACUGCGUGGUGAACUCGCUCAAAAACGUCUUCAACAUCCUCAUCGUCUACAUGCUGUUCAUGUUCAUCUUCGCUGUGGUGGCCGUGCAGCUCUUCAAGGGGAAGUUCUUCCACUGCACCGACGAGUCCAAGGAGUUCGAGAAAGAUUGCCGUGGCAAGUACCUCCUCUACGAGAAGAAUGAGGUGAAGGCACGGGACCGCGAGUGGAAGAAAUACGAGUUCCACUAUGACAACGUGCUCUGGGCCCUGCUGACUCUCUUCACCGUGUCCACGGGGGAAGGCUGGCCACAGGUCCUCAAGCACUCCGUGGACGCCACCUUUGAGAACCAGGGCCCCAGCCCCGGCUACCGCAUGGAGAUGUCCAUCUUCUAUGUGGUGUACUUCGUGGUCUUCCCCUUCUUCUUCGUCAACAUCUUCGUGGCCUUGAUCAUCAUCACCUUCCAGGAGCAGGGGGACAAGAUGAUGGAGGAGUACAGCCUGGAGAAGAACGAGAGGGCCUGCAUCGACUUCGCCAUCAGCGCCAAGCCGCUGACCCGGCACAUGCCACAGAACAAGCAGAGCUUCCAGUAUCGCAUGUGGCAAUUCGUGGUGUCCCCGCCCUUCGAGUACACCAUCAUGGCCAUGAUCGCCCUCAACACCAUCGUGCUCAUGAUGAAGUUCUACGGGGCUUCGGUUGCGUAUGAAAAUGCUCUGAGAGUGUUCAACAUCGUCUUCACCUCCCUCUUCUCCCUGGAGUGUCUGCUGAAAGUCAUGGCCUUCGGGAUUCUGAAUUAUUUCCGUGAUGCCUGGAACAUCUUCGACUUUGUGACUGUUCUGGGCAGCAUUACUGACAUCCUCGUGACUGAGUUUGGGAACAACUUCAUCAACCUGAGUUUCCUCCGCCUCUUCCGCGCUGCCCGGCUCAUCAAACUCCUCCGCCAGGGUUACACCAUCCGCAUUCUGCUCUGGACCUUUGUGCAGUCCUUCAAGGCCCUGCCGUACGUCUGUCUGCUGAUUGCCAUGCUCUUCUUCAUCUACGCCAUCAUCGGGAUGCAGGUGUUCGGCAACAUCGGCAUCGACGUGGAGGACGAGGACAGCGACGAGGACGAGUUCCAGAUCACCGAGCACAACAACUUCCGGACCUUCUUCCAGGCGCUCAUGCUUCUCUUCCGGAGCGCCACCGGGGAGGCUUGGCACAACAUCAUGCUUUCGUGCCUCAGCGGAAAGCCGUGUGAUAAGAACUCUGGCAUCCUGACUCCCGAGUGUGGCAACGAGUUUGCUUAUUUUUACUUUGUCUCCUUCAUCUUCCUCUGCUCUUUUCUGAUGCUGAAUCUCUUUGUUGCCGUCAUCAUGGACAACUUUGAGUACCUCACCCGAGACUCCUCCAUCCUGGGUCCCCACCACCUGGAUGAGUACGUGCGUGUCUGGGCCGAGUAUGACCCCGCAGCGUGCGGUCGGAUUCAUUAUAAGGACAUGUACAGUUUAUUACGUGUAAUAUCACCCCCUCUCGGCUUAGGCAAGAAAUGUCCUCAUAGGGUUGCUUGCAAGAGGCUCCUGCGGAUGGAUCUGCCUGUAGCUGAUGACAACACUGUCCACUUCAAUUCCACCCUCAUGGCUCUGAUCCGCACAGCCCUGGACAUCAAGAUCGCCAAGGGCGGAGCCGACAAGCAGCAGAUGGACGCCGAGCUGCGCAAGGAGAUGAUGGCCAUCUGGCCCAACCUGUCCCAGAAGACGCUGGACCUGCUGGUCACCCCGCACAAGUCCACAGACCUGACGGUGGGGAAGAUCUACGCGGCCAUGAUGAUCAUGGAGUACUACCGGCAGAGCAAGGCCAAGAAGCUGCAGGCCAUGCGCGACGAGCAGAACCGGACUCCACUCAUGUUCCAGCGCAUGGAGCCCCCGUCUCCAACGCAGGAGGGGGGGCCUGGCCCGAACGCCCUCCCCUCCACCCAGCUGGACCCGGGAGGAAGCCUGAUGGCUCAUGAAAGUGGCAUCAAGGAGAGCCCGUCCUGGGUGACCCAGCGAGCCCAGGAGAUGUUCCAGAAGACGGGCACAUGGAGCCCUGAGCGGGGGCCCCCCACCAACAUGCCCAACAGCCAGCCCAACUCUCAGUCUGUGGAGAUGCGAGAGAUGGGCAGAGACGGCUACUCUGACAGCGAGCACUACCUCCCCAUGGAAGGCCAGGCCCGCGCCGCCUCCAUGCCCCGCCUCCCUGCCGAGAACCAGAGGAGAAGGGGCCGGCCACGUGGGAAUAACCUCAGUACCAUCUCAGACACCAGCCCCAUGAAGCGCUCAGCCUCUGUGCUGGGCCCGAAGGCCCGGCGCCUGGACGACUACUCCCUGGAGAGGGUGCCACCUGAGGAGAACCAGCGGCACCACCAGCGGCGUCGCGACCGCGGCCACCGAGCCUCCGAGCGCUCCCUGGGCCGCUACACGGACGUGGACACAGGCUUGGGGACGGACCUGAGCAUGACCACCCAGUCGGGGGACCUGCCAUCCAAGGAGCGGGAUCAGGAGCGGGGCCGGCCCAAGGACAGGAAGCAUCGGCACCACCAUCACCACCACCACCACCCCCCGCCCCCCGACAAGGAGCGCUACGCCCAGGAGCGGCCGGAGCACGGCCGGGCGCGGGCCCGGGACCACCGCUGGUCCCGCUCGCCCAGCGAGGGCCGAGAGCACAUGGCGCACCGGCAGGUGGGUGCGGCCAGGGGUGCCCGGGACCCAGGCCAUGGGGGCCGGAAGAGCGGGGGUGGGGGGGCGGCCCACUCCCACUGUGAUCUCUGA